CGAUAUUAUGAUUUUUGUUGAUAUUUUGGUAGAGUUCAUUGUUGUCCGUAGUGUAGCGUGGUCUGUCUUUUACUCUGCGGCACCUGAGCGUGCAGCAACCCGGGUAUACAUGAUCCUCUGAUGGAAAAGACCAAGAAUCCGCCUUCACGAUCUGAGAGAAAAAGACGUGACUCUUUCGGAAUGUUUGACGGGUAUGAUAGCUGCAGUGAGGACACGAGCAGUAGCUCCAGCUCUGAUGAGAGCGAAGAGGAAGUUGCUCCUUUACCAUCUAGUCUCCCCAUCAUCAAAAAUAAUGGGCAGGUUUACACAUACCCAGAUGGGAAAUCUGGCAUGGCUACAUGUGAAAUGUGCGGAAUGGUCGGUGUCAGAGAUGCUUUUUAUUCUAAAACAAAGCGUUUCUGUAGCGUUUCCUGUUCCAGAAGUUACUCGUCUAAUUCAAAGAAAGCGAGUAUUCUAGCAAGACUUCAGGGUAAACCUCCUACGAAAAAAGCAAAAGUUCUCCAAAAACAGCCAUUAGUUGCUAAAUUAGCAGCUUACGCGCAGUAUCAGGCUACUUUAAAGAACCAGUCAAUAAGUAAACCAGUGGUCCCUGCAGAAGGAUUUAGCUGGGGAACCUACAUCACUAGCAAUAACCUUUCAGCUGCUCCUGUAUCUUGCUUCAGACAUGCUCCCAUGGGGAAUUGUUGGGGUGACAUCGCAGAAGGGGUGAGAGUUGAGGUUCCAAACACAGAUAAUAAUCUGUCUCCCAAAGUUUUUUGGAUAGCUGGAAUUGUAAAGUUAGCAGGCUAUAACGCUCUUUUACGGUAUGAAGGCUUUGAAAAUGAUUCAAGUCUUGACUUCUGGCGGAACAUUUGUGAUCCUGAUGUCCACCCAGUUGGCUGGUGUGCAACCAGUGGAAAACCGUUAGUCCCUCCACAAACCAUUCAACACAAAUACACAAACUGGAAAGCUUUUUUAGUAAAACGACUAACUGGUGCCAAGACACUUCCUCCUGAUUUUUCUCAAAAGGUGUCAGAAAGUAUGCAAUAUCCUUUCAAACCUUCCAUGAGGGUAGAAGUGGUUGACAAAACGCACCUUUGCCGGACACGGGUUGCAGUAGUAGAAAGCGUGAUCGGAGGGCGAUUAAGAUUAGUGUAUGAAGAGAGUGAAGACAAAACGGACGACUUUUGGUGCCACAUGUACAGUCCUCUCAUCCAUCCUAUUGGCUGGUCUCGAAGCAUAGGGCAUCGAUUCAAACGAACCGAUAUAUUAAAAAAGCAGGAAUCGCACUUUGAUGCACCACCCCAUUUAUUUACAAAGGUUAAAGAUGUGGAACAAGGUGGUGAGUGGUUUAAAGAAGGAAUGAAAUUAGAAGCAAUUGAUCCCUUAAACCUUUCUGCCAUAUGUGUAGCAACUAUUAGGAAGGUGCUUGCCGAAGGCUUCCUGAUGAUAGGAAUCGAUGGCUCCGAAGCGGCAGAUGGCUCAGACUGGUUUUGUUAUCAUGCGUCAUCUCCUUCAAUUUUUCCUGUUGGUUUCUGUGAAAUUAACAUGAUAGAACUAACUCCACCACGAGGCUACACAAAACUACCUUUCAAAUGGUUUGACUACCUCAGGGAAACUGGAUCCAUAGCUGCUCCUGUAAAACUGUUUAAUAAGGAAGUACCAAAUCAUGGAUUUCGUGUUGGAAUGAAGCUUGAGGCUGUAGACCUUAUGGAACCCAGAUUAGUGUGCGUGGCUACAGUAACACGUAUAAUCCAUAGACUGUUAAGGAUUCACUUUGAUGGCUGGGAAGAUGAGUAUGAUCAGUGGGUAGACUGUGAAUCGCCAGACCUCUAUCCCGUAGGAUGGUGUCAGUUAACAGGAUACCAACUACAACCUCCAGCACCACAACCAGCUAAAGACAUCCAGUCAAAUGUUUCCAAGCAGAAGAAGAAGUCUAAGACGCAGCAGUGUAAAGGACACAAAAAAAUGACAACAUUGCAGUUGAAAGAGGAGAUGCUAGAUGGGGAUGAAUAUUCAUUUCUCCAAGGAGCGUCUGAUCAGGAAAGUAAUGGAUCUGGAAACUAUUACAUCAAACAAGAGCCAUGAUGCAAAGAUAAUUAUUAAAUAACAAUAUAAAAAAAACUAAUAAUGUUUUUACGCAAAAGUGCUUGAAAAUGAAAAAAAAAAACUACAAAUGGAGUUAUGUACAGGGACACAGCUAAAUGUAAAAGAAAAUAUUUUGGUGAGAAAAAAAAAAAAUGAUUUUUUUCAAUUUAUUAAAUAAUGUUAAGAAUUUUGUGUUGUAUUUGAAGUUUUUGAAAAAAGAAAUGUAAUAUUUUCAGAUUUUACAAUAAUUGUGCAUUGUGAACAAGAAAACAAAAAUUAGAUUUUGGUAAAUGUAGCAGGACUAGAUAUAUUUGUUUUGGUAAGAAGAUUUUACAAACAUAUAUAAACUUGGUACAAAAUGAUAAUUGGGAUUCUUUUGGGACUCUCUUUUUUUAAGUUUAAUUAGUAUGCUUUAAAAGUUAUUCCAUUUUAAUAUAAUGCAUACAGAGCAUAUUUAAUACUAUUACAUUUACAUAUGUGUUUUCUUUAGAGAUUAUUAUGUGCAUUGAUAUUUUUUAGAGCCAGCAGCAUUAUAUCUGAUUUAUGUAAAUUAUUACUUUUGUGCUAUGAGUGAAAUUAAUAUAGGCCCUGCUUUAUGUUAAUUUACAUCUUUUUCUCAGGCUUCUUAUAUUAUCAGUAACUUGUCUACGUAAAAUUUGCAUUUUAAUUCAUCUCAUUCAUUAAUGGUAUCACCUGCCUAACUUGUAUUUUACUCUUAUAGUCUAAAAAUUCUGCUUUUUAAUAUGUUAUAAAUUUGCUAACCUCCGAUUGAAUUAAAGAGAUAUUGUACUGUAAUAGUUUCCCCAUAAUUUGUUCCCAACAACUUGCUAUAGCAGCUGCAUAAUAUUAAACAUAUAUGGAAAUUGAUACUUUAUGUUUAUUCUCACAAUUUAAAUAGCUAUUUUGCUUAUGGAACCUACCACCCAUAAUAAAAAUGGCACUGCGGCUAGCAGACACCAAAAUGCUGGCCACAUUUAUCAUUGCACAAGCCAUCACUUGUGUUACGCCACGUGAGCAGGGACUGUCAAUCACCCAGUUGAAGAAGUCCAGGGGGAUUGACUUUACUGAAGCCCUAUGAAUAAAGAAUGAGAUAACAUGAGUAUGAGUAGGUUUGCUCUUCCUGCAGUCACAGCUCAUUUGAAUGAACAUGUUCUUGGGAAAUCAGCUAUUUAAAAAUUAAACCUUAAGGAGAAAUAUGAAACACAUUAGGGGGAGACAAAUUUCACAGUACAGUGUCCCUUUAAGCAAUACAAGGCUUUCAUCUCAGUAAUAUUGGACUCUGUACAAUUCUAAAUAUCUUUGAGUGUAAAGAUGUUUCUUAGUAUGCUAAUUUCUAUGGCUUCAAAGCGAAGCAAGUUCUUUGAAUAUGGUUUGGUCAAGGCCUAUAUUUUAACAUUCAAAUAGUAUAACGUUCCCUUUGACAUGUGUUAUGGUAAAUCAGUUUUAUAGAAUGAAUGUUAACAUUUGAAUAUUCUAAUGUAACAUUUAAUUAUUAUACCUGAAAACUGAUUUAAUUAAAAUUACAUUGAAGUAUAUGACAAUUAAUAUUCAUAUGUUCAAAUUUGAGUAUUUGAAUGUUACAUUUAAUAAAGGCAAAGUUAACAUUCUUUUAUGUUUCGCCUAAACAUAAAAUUAUAACAAAUGUGGCCAACGUUCACUAUUUGUAACCCUUUCCCGCCGUUAGGACGUUCCAUGCUGUUCUAACUUCACUGGGCUUUUGCGCCGCUAGGCUGUCCUGAAGCCAUAGCAGCCUGGUAAAUGGGAUUGCGGGCUGGAGAGCAUGCCUAGUGUCAUAGUCACCCCCCCCCCCCCCCACUGACCCGAUCCCAUCAAAGAAAUUAUCAUGAACAAUUGCAUGAUUUCAAUUUGAAUGUGGUGAAACAUUUGUCUAUCCCUAGUUGUGGGUCACCUAUAGAAAGUCUAAAAAUAUUUUCUGUAUGUUCAGAAGAGUCUUAAUCCUACCUAGGAUUGUCUAAAUAUCCAAAUGCUAAUUUUAUCUUAAACUGUUAACCUCAAAUUUGUUCUUAUUCAAUUCUACCAUCACUGUAUUUCUUAUCAGUAACAGUAAUUUCCAUUCAUUUGAAAACUAUGCUGAAAAUCUCUAAGCAUAGCAGUCAGGUGACUGGGUUCAGUGAUUAAACUACCAAAAAUCACUGCAUUUUAAUACAUUUAAUUAUUAGGUUUGUUUCUUUUAUUCCAAAAAUGUCACAAAUAAAUAUUUAGGUUAGGUGCUUCAUAAUAUCUUGAUAAUAAACCAUGAUACUGCCAGAAAGUAAUUCAUAA